AGCCUUCAAUAAAGUACUUCCAUCUAUAUAUUUUUCCUAAAAUUCCUGAUCUAUAUAAUCAGAUGCGAUUCGGAGCCACAAAACGUAUAAUUUAAACAUUUUGUUUGUUGUCUGCUCUCCUUUUUUCUGAAUUAUUCAUCCUGCAUGGGUCGUAGAUCUCAAGACCGAUCCUGGGAUUUGUUAUCAGUUGACGUAUGGAAACUGCUUAGUUACGGGCAGAAUAUAGUAACAGUAUUUUUCGGUUUUAGCGGCAUUUUAGCUUUUGAAAAGUAUGAUUUUUCUGCAGACGCAAUGAGAAAUAGAAAAUAUUUACAUGGCAGAGAUUUCUAACAGACUGAUUGUAAUUUAGACGGAUCUUUUAUUUUAGUCUAUUUAACGUGGAGUAAGCUGUUGUGGUAGUAGCAGCUAAAAUGAAAGUGGGACAAUUCAGGCCCUCUUAGAAAAAUAAUACAUUACGUACCUAGCUUAAGAAGGAAUAAAAUGAAACUAAAAAGAGUUACAGUCAGUUAUAGCUUAUUUCAUUUCAAUAUCAUUGUCUUUAUUCUUGUUAUUGUUACUUUCAUACUGCUCAGCCUCCUCAAUCGUGUCAGGCAGCUUGCAGUCCAAAGUUUCCGGCAGCUUGAAACACAGGAUAGCCCCUAUAAGUGGUACUAAAAUGCUCUAGGCUUCAUAAGCCUUAAACGUCAUUAUUUUAAAGCACUGGAAAUAUGCGGUCAUUUUGAAAAGCUUCAAGCAAUUUUGUUCAAAUUCGUACCCUUGUGAAAAAGAAAAUUAUCGUACCGGAGGAAUCCAGAACUGCACAGUUGCCAACGAGGCAACAAAUGGUGCCACCAUUGAACCUAUUCUAGCGCACAUGGAUGACGUUCCUACACCUAUGUUCCUCAAAACGGUUGGGAACAGCUCUCCUGAGUAUAUGUAGACUGUUGGAAAAGCCAGUGCGAGACCGAACAUUCCUAUUGUGGACAGGGUCGACUUUAUCCAGGCUGGGUCAGAUGGAACAAAACCUGUUAACAAAAAAGACAGAUUAUUGUAUUUAGAUGUGGUCUAAUCAAAUUUUGUACUUUUAUUAUUUCAGUUCCAGUGGAGGUCAAAAGGUUGACAUAUAUGUUCAUUGUCCUUACUAGUAGAAUAACUGAAUUUUCAGCUCUUGAUUCGUCAACUGACUGUAGAAGCUAGUUCAAUAUUAUGUUGAGGAUAUACGAUUUCUUAUACGCUCAUUGAGACGACUGGGCAUCGUGCUAAUAAAGUGGUCGAUAUCCUGUUGGGGUAUCCCAUUCCAGGCUACUGCAACUUCCUGAGUAAGAGCUGCUAAAGUCUGUGGAGGGUGUUGCAAAUUCAGGAACCUGCGACUUAUCAUGUCGCAUGUCAUUACUGGGUCACUUUUGGUAAGAAACGUCAUUGACUAAAAAAUUUAUUGACACCAUUGACGUCAAUUGGGCGUGACCGUCAUGAUGACGUCAUUUCUACGUUAUUUUUGUUGGUCGCCAGUAGUGGCCCAAGAAUGCCGAUAUUGUGACGUCACUAUGUUCACUGGGUAAGUUGUGACAAACGCGUUUUUUUUUCGG